UGCAUAACGUUCUCUUUGUGAAACCUUGAACCAAUCCCUCGCUUAUUUUGGUUUUACAUCUAAAAUGUCUGCACAUUUAUCUUUAUUUUGUAUUUUCUUCUUUAUAACUAUGAUUUAAGUUUAAAUGUGCACAACGUGAGUGUAGAUGUGGAUGUCCAGAUAAAUUACCUGUAACUAUCUGUAUAUUAACAAUACAAUUUAUUAAAAAUAUCUCUCUCAUCAACAGUCAAAAUAGAAACAAUGUAUGUAGCAAAAAACGCUUUUCAGCACUAAAUAUAGUACGAGCAAAAGAGUGUUUAAUCGCCAUGGGCUGGCCAGACGGAUUGUAUUUCAUGAUUGUACGUUGAUCACGUCAAUCAUCCGCUUUUCUCCGCCCACCCGCGUCGAUAGACUUCCUGAAAACGCUUGUGCCUCCCCUACAGCUCAGGAAAGCUGGAGAACUCGCCAUGUAGGGGGAACAGAAAAAAACAGACACUAUCGCGGAAUUUACAUAUGUGGUGUCAUCCAAGAUUAAUGCCAGACAGGGCACCUAUAACAGUGGAUAAAGAGGAUAACUAUGACUUGAGACCCUGUUCCAGCACUCCACCUCUUUCUGUAUUCUGGGUUUUAUUUAUUUCCAUUUUUGAGGACUGUCCUGCAAGGAUUGAAUUCAGCUUUCAUUGAUAUCAAAUCCUGAAUUUUCUGGAAUUUAUUUAUUGAGUGAACUAGAAUACAUGAAAUCCCAGCACUACUACAAUCUCUGAUGCUGUUUUAGACCAAAACCAGUAGUUUUGACCAGUCAUCUGUAUCGCUUCCUCAACCUUGUUGUUUUUGGAUAGGAACUGUAUUUUUUGUUGUCCACCUAGAUAAGGUUUCAUUUGGUUCUUGUCAAACACUAUCCUCGGCCGGGCCAUUACCUCUGCUCUUUGUCCUUGUUUGUAAAUGAACAUUUUCGUAGCAUUUAUAGGGUUAUUAUAACCUUAGUGCGUGCUUAUUUUUAGUCAUCUGUAAGUUCUAUGACCUUAAAACAAUGCAUUGUUAAUUGAAAUUGUGCUUCCAAUUUUAUUUAAACAACUUGUAAGGAAGUAUCUUGUUCGUAACUUAAGAAAUGUCGAUUAAUUAUUAUUUAUGAAGACGCACACAGAUCCGUUUAAUCUUGACAAAAGACUUGUGCAUUUUCUCAUUUUGCCAGUGAAAUCAGUCACAUUUGAGAAAGCAAAUAAUCUGGCUUAUUUGUGCAUCUUUGUUUUUUGUUGAGAUACUAAACUGGAAAUCUCUUUUGUGUAUUAUGUUUUGAUCCGACAAUAGUUAUAGGAUUUAUGCACAAAAUGCACUGAUGGGAAAGAUUUAACACUAUCAGGGAUAGAAAAUCCUGCUGAACUUUCUUUUUGUUUUGAAGAGACGCCUGUUGAAGCACUUUCAUCAUUCAUAAAUUGUGUAACAUUAAGUUUAUGCCAAAAGCCCAUGGAUUGGGCUUAAAAAAGCUGACGCAUUUGAAAAUAUCUCAAGACGUCUAGUGCAUCCGUCCAGAAAGUCAUCUCACUACAACACAGAAAGACCUGUGCAUGAGGCACUCAAGCUGUAAAGUAAAGUAUCCAAAGAUACUUUUGAGGCCAGACAUUGAAAAUGCGCUCCCCAGGCCCUGAAAGCCUGUCCAUGACCGAAGAGGCCCUGUUGCAUGGACAGUUCAGCGGUUGGAGUAGCGGAGGGGGAAGUGGAAGUAACAGCAACAGCAGCCCCAACAGUCCUGGAGGCAUAUCUUUACCUUCCAGCCCUGCCUCCACCAACUAUGCCCUGACCCUCACACCAACUCACGUCCAUGUCCAGCGGUUGUCUCCACGUGCGGGGAAGCAGUCCAGGCUGCUCCUGCCACUGGCAGAGCUGACCGGAUGCAGCUGCCCACGAUUGCCGGCCCCUCCUUUGCUGGUGCUUUACUGGUACCCUCCGGGUAAACGUCGGAAGGGCGUCUCCAGACAUAGACAGGUGAGGGCGUACUUGGCAGAGAGCAGAGCCGAGGCAGAAAAAUGGAACGCUGCUAUACAGAGCCUGCUAAGGGGGAUGGAUGUCAGCUCCACUACAGAAUUUUGCAAAAGCAUGUUGCCCCGUCCCCGCCGACUGUUACUGUUGGUGAACCCAUUCAGUGGCCGGGGUCAGGCAAUGCAAUGGUGUCAAACACACAUACUUCCAAUGAUAAGAGAAGCCAACAUCAGCUACAACCUCAUACAGACAGAGCGUCAGAAUCAUGCACGUGAGCUAAUCAGAGAGAUCUCACUACAAGAAUGGGACGGAAUAAUCAUUGUAUCUGGAGACGGACUGUUGCACGAGGUGAUAAAUGGUCUUAUGGAAAGGCCAGAUUGGGAACAAGCAAUAAAAACUCCAGUGGGAAUUCUGCCUUGUGGCUCUGGAAAUGCACUUUCUGGUUCCAUAAACCACUACGCAGGAUAUGACAUGUGCCUUCGGGAGCCUCUCCUCCUCAACUGUUGUUUUCUGCUGUGCCGGGGUGGGGUUAAACCGAUGGACUUGGUGUCUGUUACAACCAGCCCAUGUGUUUCAUCAUCCACAUCCAAUCAGAAUGGGCACCCACCUGCACCCAAGAGGCUUUUCUCUUUCCUUUCUGUGGCCUGGGGUUUUGUGUCUGAUGUUGACAUAGAGAGUGAGCGCUACAGAGGGCUGGGCUCAGCACGGUUUACACUGGGAACACUGGUGAGAUUGGCUUCUCUGCGGUCCUAUAAGGGUCGUCUUUCCUAUUUGCCACCCGGUAUUGUCAACCCGUCCCACGAUGCCAUGCCUCAGCUGCCCCGAAGGCCGCUUUCACGCAGCAUUACUGAAGGAUUGGAGGGAUUUUGUCGCACGCCCAUCCACCGCACCUGCUCUGACAUGGGCCUGAGUGAACAAAGAAGUCUCCGUAAAGGAGAUGGAGAAAGAGAGCGGGAACGAGAACUGGAGAGACAGGAGAGAGAGAGGGAGAGGGAGAGGAGGAGAGAGAGGGCAAGAGGGGUUGGGGUAGUGAGAGCGAGCAGUCUCGCAGAAGACCGAGAGAGAGAGGUGGAAGCAGAAGAAAAGAUGGAAGAGACGUCAGAGACCAGCUCUGAAUCAACCGAAAGGGAAGAAUGUGACAACAUAGCCAGAAAUAAUGGGAAUGGAAAAGAAGAUAAUAAAUCAGUUGGGGAUGAUAUAGAUGGACAAGGAGUGAUGAAAGCAAGAGAUUUGAAUGACAGAGAUGAGGUAAAUGAGUGUGACGAGAGUUAUCAGACGACGCCACCUGACAUCCAAAACGCAUUACGUAAAAACUCGCUUCCCUCUAGUCAGAUUAUUAAUGCCUUCUUCAGCCAGCCAAUUGGUGCAGACACUGACCAAGACUUGGAGGUGGCAGCUUAUGGGAAGGAAGACGAAGACAUAAAUGGCACCUACUUUCAGAGAGAGGCCUUUCCUCUGGACAAGUCUCGCGAGCGAGCCCUCACCAUCUCCUCCUCUCCAUUCCGCCAGUCUCCUUUCAAAGCUUUUAAAGUUAAAACUAUGGACCAAAACCAGAACCCCUCACGACCACGGCCCCUCUCCCUUCUCCACCAAUCACAUUCAAACUCUCUCCCUCCAAAAUUUCCAUCCCUUUCUCUGUCCCUUUCGCCGACCCCUCCUUCGUCUCCAUCUUGCGCCUCUCCCCACUCUUCUUAUCUCGCACCGCAUCCCAACACUCCCGGCUCGUCUUCCCCUUCGCCUUCGUUUCAUUCACCGGCACCUUCCUUCAACUUUGACCUUGCAGAGCCCGCAGGACCCUUGAAGAAUCGUCAUCACGUGACAUCCAUCAACUUGCCAGAGGAUGAUUUGCUACCUCCUCUGGACCAGCCUCUCCCUACACGUGAUUGGGUCACUAUUGAGGGCGAUUUUGUCUUAGUGCUUGCCAUCUAUCAGUCCCACUUGGGAGCAGAUCUUCUCGCUGCACCUCAGGCUCGAUUUGAUGAUGGGUUGAUCCAUCUGACAUUUGUGCGGGCUGGUAUCUCCCGGGCAACGCUGCUUAGACUGUUUCUAGCAAUGGAGAGAGGAGCUCAUAUGUCUCUAAGCUCUCCCUACGUCAGUCAUGUUUCUGCUCGGGCAUUCCGCCUUCAACCGCUUUCACCACGAGGAACCCUCACUGUAGAUGGAGAGUUGGUGCCCUAUGGGCCACUGCAGGCACAGGUGCAUCCCUCCAUAGCCCGUUUGAUUGUUGGAGACUCUGGAAUAAAGAUUACAAGAUUCUGACCUGUUUGGAACUGAACGGGCACGGAUUAACGUGACGCUCUGGAUUAUAUAACAUUUUGCCAUCCGCAUAUUAGGGGAGAGAGAAACUGAAAGCUGGCAGUUGCAAUCACUGCUUUUACUGGGAUUAACUAAGGGAUUGCGUAUUCAAGCUGCAUAUGCAAGGAGUGAUUUUGAAUUUAACGAAGGGAUGAAAACUUGCGGCCUAUUGCAUGACUGUAGGAUUACACUUGGAUUACCCUCACUGUAGUCAGAGAGAGAAUGCAGCAAUGCCUACAUAAGAGGAAAUGACAGAACUGAAUGUGUCCAAAUGGUGUAUACAUUUUAGUACGCAUUUGUGCAUAGAUUCUCAAUAGUGCUCUUGCCUUAUUUCAGAGAGUGAAAAAAAUACACAAACACUAAAAGCAAAAGCUGUCUUAUAGGUUGUCGCACCCACAUUCAAAUAUGGCUCCAUCCAUUUUGCAUAAUAGGUACCCCUGGAAUGCCUUAUAUCAUCUCUGAAGUUUAAGUGUAACCCUCCUUAAUUUACAUAAUUGUUUAGUGUCACACUUAAUCUGAAAACUCAUUUAGCAAUUUAGUUCAUUCUACAUUGAGCUAAGUCUCCGUCCAGCUCUGGAAAUCGUUGUUUAAUGAGACUGAUCAGAAAUGUUCUCAGUUCUUGCAUUAAUUUUUGCAGGUAUAUUCAGGACACAAUCAGUGUGGAUUUAACGAAACCUUUAAACAUGGACUGUUAUGAUAUAUAUUGCAUUGCUAGACAGUGUAAAAAAAAAAGCAUGCAACAAUCAUGGUGAUGACGUUAAUUGAUAACUAGCUAUUUAACGAAUUCAGAAUGAAAGCUCGGAAAACUUUCAGUUCCACGUUAAUAUCGAAGAAUAUGCUAUAAUGUCUUCUAUGAGUUAAGACAAAUAUGCAUAGUGUUUGCUCACUUUUCGUCAGAGAAAUGAAGAAAGAACUGAGAGUUAGGGGUCAACUGCCAAUGCAUCUUUAAAUCCUUUUCCUGAAAGAUUCUUAGUGAUCAUUAACUUGAUAACAUUUUAGUCUAGUUCUCUCAAAAAAUUUUUUAACACUAAGUCAUUAGAGCAAGAGGAACUGUUGAAAGUCCAGGUGUGGAGCUGAUUGUGAUCGCAAAGGAGCCUUUCUAGUGCUUUUGAAUUUUACCUAAAUAUUUAUUGGAGAACUGCCCUAUUUGCAUUUAUUUUAUCCUUCUCAUUUUACAAAGGACCACAGUUUGACAAUUGCAACAUCUUUUUGCUCUCAUUUCUGAAUUUGAAAUGAUUGGUAAAUAAUAUUUAACUCCAAUGACUCGACUGGUAUUUCCGAAUGGCUGUUUAGUUCUUUCUUGUGCAAUAAUUUCAGCUUCUGUUGCUCACGGCUGUCCUCAGCUCUUAAGCAUCGGCUGAUGUGUAAAUCUAGUUGUUUUGUUUGAGUCUGGGCACUCAAAAUGAUUUUCAGCUGCAAUCAGAUGGCCAGUUAUUUGUUUUUGUUAUUCAUUCCCUAUAUUUCCUUCAUUUUGUUGUACCAUGCUUUAGAGUGAUCUAAUAAAUUCGGUAUCUAGCUGCUGUCCACCUUGAAAAUGGCAGUUUAAGAGGUCUCCUCAUUCUACAAUGCUUGUAUUAAGAUUGUAAUUAUUAUUAAAAGAAUAUUAUAUUAAACAUGUA